CACUUCAGAUCUUGUUAUUAGAGUUUACAUUAUUGAGGGCAGUAUGCCUGUUCGGUAACCCAUAUCAGACAGUGUCAAAUAGAGCUCCGAUGGUGUUUUUCAUUUUAUGGUCACUGGCCGUACCUGGAUUGACCGCAUCGUUCAGUGUUCUACUUCUUGUUCUAAUUGAUCUCACAAAGAUGUCCGUCGGACCACCAUUGUUUCAACACUUACCAGUUUUGUUUGGAAUCACAGCAUUUCAUUUUGCAAUGAUAUUUUCGCUCGACCUGUCCUGUGUGUUUGACACACUUGUCUGCAAACAUAUGAUGUUUGUUUGUGACCUGUUGUAUAUACUGUAUGGUCUGUUUCUGGCUAUUGGUUACGGGUACACUGCAAGGUUCCUGUAUAAGAACAUUUCUAUACACAGGAUUCAGAGAAAAGAAUCUAGAGGAGUGAUGAGGAAUGGUCAUUAUCGGAAGACUAUGAUGGUGGUGAAGGUUUGCAUCGCAGCGUCCAUUGUCUCCCUGUCCAUAGCGGCUACACAUGUCUACUCAGCGUCAAGCACGCUUGGUGUCUACAGUGACGUUCAAUUCGUCGACGCCUGGCAAUGGUGGAUAGUACAGACAGCCUAUAGGGUGGAAGAAGUGGCAUCUGCCGUUAUCAUUGUGUUAAUGGCAUUUAGAAAUACAUUUUGUCGUAAAAAUUCCAGAACGAGGCUAUCGUCUGCGGAGAUUACUGCUUCAACAAGAGAACGCAUUAAGCCUCAACAUCGGGUUGACGUUCAACAUGAGGAAACAAACAUUCGAUGAAGUUCGAUGAAGAAUUUAACCUUUUAAAUUGGGUUUCUGGACAUUGACAUUCAAAACCUCAUAACUCAGCCGUUAACUUGCUGGAGGUUUGCUCAAAUACUUAUUAUUUUGUUGUGUUUGUUUUAGCGACAAUAAAUAAAAGUGGUGACAUGAUUCUUCUCAAUAAUUCAAGACAGAUUGUAACAAUGGUAUUAACAUAUCAUGAAACAGUAGUUUCCUUCCGCUAUCCAAGUCAACUUCAUUAUUCAUCUUACUAUCAUGAUAGGGUUAUGCCAUUUUCUUUGUCGCUCGCCAAAUUUUUCCUCAUCAAUUGUGUUCACCCGUUAGAAAAG